AGAGAAGAGAGCGCUGCGCAGAAGAGAAAAGCAAACGCAAACGACCAACGCAUAGAAGAAAACAAGCAGCACGCCAGCCAGCCAGCUAGUCCGCCUGCCAGCCAAGAAUUCCACAGUUUACACACCUCAAUACACCACAACACACACUCCUGUAUCAUCAUCAGCUAACAUUCCAAGUAAAGGGUGCCAUGAGUUAAAAAUCAAGAUGCAAGUAGUCCAGGAUCUGCUGCUUGUUAUCGCUUUAAUCGGCGCUUGUUUGCUGCCGCUAACCGCCGCCUGCUCUUCGCGUGCCAUUGCCAAGCCGCGGCCAACAGCUGCUCCGAUCCUGCCGCCGCCGGAUAAUGUUGAACUGACCACAACAACACCCAGGCCGAAUGUCACCUUUCCGAUCUACGCCUGUCCGCCAACAUAUGCCGCCUGGUAUUGCCUGAACGAUGCCACCUGCUUCACAGUGGAAAUACACAAUGAGAUCCUGUAUAAUUGCGAAUGCGCUUUGGGUUUUAUGGGACCCAGGUGCGAGUACAAGGAGAUCGAUGGCUCUUACCUGCCCACGAGGAAUCGUGUAAUGCUGGAGAAGGCCAGCAUUGUGAGCGGAGCGACAUUGGCCCUUCUAUUUAUGGCCAUGUGCUGUGUGGUUCUGUACCUGCGGCAUGAGAAGCUGCAGAAGCAGAAGCUGCACGAUAGCACCACCACCACAACGACCACGGAUGGUGUCGGCGGAUGCCAGAACGAGGGAAUGGACGAGGUGGAUGGUUUGAAACCGUUGCGGCAAGUGCGACGUCCCUUUGGCCCCUGCCGCAUCCUAACGCUAGAGGAGGCCCACCAGCAUCAAGCGGUGGUCCAAUCCAAUCGCCCCAGCAGGCACUGCAACUAACUAAGAAACCACGCAAAAGCCUGGCAGUGCCACCUAACGAACAAUUUAUUGUUUUUUUUUUCUUUGAAUGUCUAACAUGUCCAACUGUUUUUACUUUUAACCUUUUAACGACACCAUUCUGAGAUGACGAAUGCCGUAGAUUUAAGAGUCCCACACUGACGUGCCUUUAUAAAACAAAUUAAAACUUUGGACCAAGAGUAUUAACGAACUAUUGCUCAGAGAGAGAGAAAACUAAAAAACGAAAACCUAGAAUUAAUGCAAUGCAAU